AUGCCCCCACCAGGUGACUUUUCAUCUGUUGUUGCCCCCCUCUGUCUCAAGGUAGUAUGGGUCGAUCACAUUCAGAGCAAGUCUCAGCGAUCUUCCCGCCACACCCCCAUCGCCCCUCCCUUGGAGGCCCUUCACUUGCUGCUGGCACACCAGCAAGAUGCGAGCAACAACCAUGCAGCAAGAAGGAAUCAAUCAAAGGACAACCUAGAAGCUAUUAAAGUGGACUGCAAACUUGAAGCUGCUGCGAUUCACGUGGAAACGGAUGAAGUGGCUGGAGUGGAGAGCGGGAGCAAGGGCAAGGGAGAGCCUGGGGAUAAAGGAGGGCAGGCGAUGGGGGAGAGGGGAGAUGGUGCGGAGUGUGAGGGGAGCGUGGGUGUGAGAGGACAAGGUGUGUGGAGAGAGAGUGUGGAGGAGCGGUGUGUGUGGGAGUUGGUGGAGCAUGCGAGGGUGGAGAGGCGGGUGGUGGUGGGGAGUGUGCUGGAGGGAGCCUUCGGUGCUGUCCAUGCGGGGCAGUAUUUCAAGGCUUAUCAUGUGAGUGUUACGUUCAAAGGGCUUCUUUUGGACUUAUCCGGAUCAGCAUGCGGGAGUAGAGAGAAGAGUGGAGAGGCGGGUGGUGGUGGGGAGUGUGCUGGAGGGAGCUCUGGCUGCUAUGUCUGCUUGCUCGUGUCCAUUGAUCUUCUUCUCCUCCCUCCUUCCCACCCCCUCCCUCCCCUCCCUUCCUGCAGCACCUCUGUGUAUGCCCUCCUCUCCCCUUACCACACUAAUUGCCUGGGACCUCAUAGGCCCCUCCCACCUCCUUCGCCUGAUCAUGCCCAUACCUCUCUUCCCUCCCUCCUUCCAUCCCCCACUCCCUUCCGUCAGAUCCUUUGCCUGUGCCCUCCUCUCCGUCCCCUCACCACGCUCAUUGCCUGGGACCUCAUAGGCCCCUCCUGCCCUGCCACCCGCCUGUGUCUCCUCUGGGCUCUCUGGCCCCUCCAGUCCUCCCUGGCUCGCAUGGUGCGUGAAGCCGACCCGUUUGUUGCACGGCUAGCGGUGGAGCUGCUGCAGGUGCAGCCGCACCUGCACGUGCUGCUCUCUCUGGGCGCCCACUGUUUCCUCCCAUAUGAACUUAUAAGGCCAGUGCAGGCCCAGCUGGGAGCUAGGUGCAACGUGCUUGGUGGCACAUCUCUACUAGCCAGGGACUACCUGGCAGCAGGGCUGUGCAGCAUCCAGCUCUUCCUCUACUCGCCCGAUCUUCGCACAACACCAACGCACUUGCAGCAGGCACAGCUGCUCUUUGAGAAGGGCAUGGAGGCGAGGCAAAACGCAGCAGCAGACAUGGCAGCAUUGAUCGGCCCUCUUGCUGCUGCCGGCAAGAGACUCGCCGUCUCUGCCUCCUCCUCUUCCUCCUCUGUUGCUGCUGCUGCUGCUGGUGGUGGCGCUGCUUGUGCAAGUGGUAAUGGUGCAGGUGCAUCUGCAGGAGGGGCAGGUAUAUCUAGAGCAGGUACCACUCCCAGCAGCACCAGCACCAGCACUAGCAGGACUGCCGCCAGCACGGCUACCAGCCUGGUGCUGAUCGGCAAGCAGCGGGCAGCGACAGCAAAGAUCUCAAACGAGGAUCUGCUGAGUCUGCAGCAGCUAACAGAGAUGCAGGUGGAGGUGGUGCGGGCGGUGGGGGCGUGCAGUGGCAAGGACAGCAGCGGCAUGCCUUUCGUGGGGGCGGCGAGGAAGGCCCCAUGGAGUGUAGCUUUGUUCGGUGCUCCCAGCUACGACAAAACUAACAAGUGA